UUUGACGUUUACCGGUCUCGCCAUCAACUUCCGGUUGUUAGAACAAUAUGGCACAAAAGUCAGAAAAAGAUGCUUCCACUUUGUCUGAUCGAUUCGCAGAGUUGAACAAGUUUGCAAAGAAUCAGGAUUAUGCUAAAGCUUUAAAAGUAGCUAAUAGAAUUGUACAUGAAAAUCCAAAGAAUGAAACUGCCUUUCAGUGCAAGAUUGUUUGUUUGAUCAAACUAGACAAAUUUGAUGAGGCUCUGACCCAAAUUAAUAAGAAUAAAGAAUUGACGAGUUAUGUAGCAUUUGAAAAGGCAUAUUGUGAAUACCGUCUGAAUAGAACAGAGGAAGCCCUAAACACACUGAGAGGAAUAUCUCAACCAGACACUCGAACAAAGGAGUUAUUAGCUCAAGUGCUAUAUCGUCUUGAGGAAUAUCAGGAAUGCUAUGACCUGUACAGGGAUGUCAUUAAAAACUCUGAGGAUGAUUAUGAUGAAGAGAGGCAGACCAAUCUCUCGGCUGUCAUUGCUUCACUGCAGCUCUGGGAGGGGAAGAAUAUGGAUGACCCAGGUUUGGAGGAGAACUCAUAUGAGCUAUGUUAUAACAUGGCUUGUUACCUCAUUGGGAAAGAGGAUUACAAAGGAGCAGAAAAAAAGCUGAAGAAAGCUGAAGAUUACUGCAAGCAGAGCUUUGAGGAUGACCCUGAUGUAACUGAGGAGGAGAUUGAAGAGGAACUGGGCAUCAUCAGGGUUCAGCUGGCAUUUGUUUUGCAAAAACUUGGCAGAAAUGAAGAAGCUCUGCAGCUGUACAACCAGGUUCUCAAAAGCAGACCAGAUGACAUUGGCCUUUUAGCAGUAGCAUCCAACAAUGUUGUCACCCUGAAUAAGGAUCAAAAUGUAUUUGACUCCAAAAAGAAGAUGAAGCUUGCCACAGGAGACAACUUGAAGCAGAAAUUGACGUCUCGUCAGAAAUGUUCAAUAAACGUCAAUCAGUGUCUACUUCACAUGUACACAAAUCAGGGUGAGCAAUGUCACAGCCUUGCAGCCAAGCUGAAGAAGCAGUACCCUGAUAUGGCCUCCCCCGUACUGAUAGAAGCUGCUCAGUUUGUGAGGGAGAAGAAAACGGAGGAAGCUAAGAACCUUCUCAAUGAGUAUGCAAAGAGUCACCCAGACAAGGCCCUGACCACUAAAUUAGUGAUGGCUCAACUGUACCUUACUCAGGGUCAUGUGUAUGAAGCCUGUAACUCACUGAAGUCAUUGGGGGAUCUAAGAUACAAACCAGGGGUGGUAUCAGCCUUAGUUACUCUGUAUCUGAAUCAAGAAGACAAGGACUCGGCUUCUGAAGUUCUGGUUCAGACUGUGGACUGGUACAACAAGAACCAGCCUCAGUCACCCUCUCUUCCUGUUCUUAUGCGAGCCAAUGCUGACUUCCAGUUGAAAAAUGGAAGUCCUCAACAGGCUGCUAAAAUGUUAGAAGAGCUGAGAAAGAAGAAACCCGAUGAUCCUAGGAUUCUGGCUCAGCUGAUUACUGCCUACUCCCAGUUUGAUCCAGAGAAAGCUAAACUGGUCAGUAAAGACUUACCGUCCGUUGAGAAGAUUGCUCAGGACAUUGACGUGGAUCAGCUCGAGUCCUCCUUCAGCACACUUGGCCCUAAAUAUAUGAAGAAGAAAACGGACACAGCCCCAUCACCUGGACCGGCUGGUGAUGUGAUUGUCAAGAAGAAGAAAAAGAAGAAGAAGAAGGGUAAAAUGCCUAAGAAUCCUGAUGCUGAGAUAGACCCAGAAAGAUGGCUGCCUAGGAAGGAGAGAUCGUAUUAUAGAGGAAAGAGAAGGGACAAACGCAAGGAAAUUGGUAAAGGUCCACAAGGUGCCACCAGUGGAAUUACUGACAGUCUGGAUGCCAGUAAGACCCCUGGAAGUGACUCAAGCUCACCAAAACCGAGCACUGCCACCACAACUAGCCCCACCACCGCCCCAUCCCCGGCCCCAGCUGCUCAGGGCCCCCGCCAACAGAAACCAGCCCAAGCACAGAAACGGAAAAAGAAGGGGGGCAAGGGAGGAAAGUGGUGAUUCUAGUCUUUAUCAGAAGAAUGAAAGAAUUGAAAAGGAAUCUAAUGUGAAUAGGAAUUUUCUGAUAAAAUAACUUUUGACAGAAAUUUAAAAAAAUCAUUGAUAUCCUGGCAAUAAAAUAUCUAUCUUCAAA